CCAUGUCGGCCAUGUCUGCGGGCGGCGGAGCGCAGCGGGACGCGGGGGCCGCGGGCGGGCGCCGCAGCAAGUGGGACCAGCCCGGCCCCGCUCCCACCUUCCUGCUGCCCGGCACGGCGCCGUUGCCCGGGCGGCCGUUCGCCGGCGGGGGCGGCGAUGGCGGCGCCGCCGUGGCCGGUUCCGAGGGCUCCGCGGCGCCCUCGGGAGCGCUGGAUGCGGCCGCGGCCGUGGCGGCGAAGAUCAACGCCAUGCUGAUGGCCAAGGGGAAGCUGAAGCCGGCGCCCAGCACGGCCGACAAGCUCUGGUGACACCCUGUGCUGAGGGAACCACUUAACCAGGGAAUCAACCUGCAUUUGGGAUUGGCAGUUUUGUUGCACAUUGGUU